CAAUUUUAUCCUUGUUUUUCAUCUUUAACUCAUUGUUUUUGUGGUUUAGUGGAAAAAUCUUAGUUUUAUCCUUUCAAAAAUGGUCAAGGUUCGAACCCUCUUCUCGAAAAAUAUUAUAUUUUUAUUUCAACAAUUCAGCCUUAUUUCCCUUUUCACCCUUUUUUCUCAUCAAAAUAAAUUUUUUCAAUUUUUCCAGUCACUUCUCUUCGAAAUUCUUGGCGUAUUUUAAACAUUUGUUUUCGUCGAGAACGUAGGAAGUCUGACUCCAAAUGGAAAUUUCUUCAAGAAAUGGCUUUUCUUAAUAAUACAAACACUCAAAAACAGAAAAGAAGUCUUGACGAAAAACCAAAAAGGAAAAAACGGGCAAAAAAAGAAGAAAUGACUGAAGAAACCGAAAAUAAUAAAAAUGAAGGAUUUGACUUGAUAAAUUCUUUAAUUGAUUUAAAUGAAGGAAAUUUAACAACUGAUGAUUCUCCUUCAGAUUUGACAAUGCUUGAUGCUGAAUUUGGGAAUAAUGGAGGAGAAAAUAAUCUUAUUAAUAAUAAUGAGGAUAGCGGGAAUGAAGGUCUACAAAUUAUUGAAGACGCUGAAUCUGCUGAAAAUGUUAUAGAAGAACAACAACCGGUUAAUAAUACUAAUAAUGAUGAAAACACUAAAAAUAGUAAUAAUGAAGAUGCUAAAAGUAUUGCAACUGCUAUAAUUCAUGAGACACCAAACAAAACAAUAGACACAGCAAAAACGUUUACUGCUAUUAAUGAUACCACUACUACCACCACCAUUUUGGAAGACACAACUGAAGAUGAUUCUCUUUUAUUAGGAAAAAUGGUUGUUUGUACUCAUCGAAUUUUAAAAUCUGAAGGAAUGGAUUGUGAAGCUAUUGGUUUGGAAAAAAGUGUUUACGAUUUAUUAAUAAAUUAUAAACAAAUGAGGGCAGAAUAUGCCAAGAAAAUUAAAGGAGAGAAGUGA